AUGUCCUUUCAUUCUAUUUUGGAGGGAUUUGCACUUGGAGUUCAAAACAAUCAAAAAGGCAUAAUGACCCUCUUCAUUUCUUUAAUUAUCCACAAAGGAAUAGAAGCAUUCAGUGUUGGUCUGCAGAUAACCAGAUCAAACGCCAAAAGAAUGAUAAUUGUUGUGUUGACUAUUGGAAUUUAUGCUUUGAUGACACCUUUUGGAUCUAUGGUUGGUGUUUUACUUACGGUAACAUUCUUCGAAGUACUUUCUCAAGAACGGGCCAAUGAAUUUUCUAAUCUUGUACAGCUUUGUGCAAUUGUUUUUGGUUUUCUUGUAGUUAGUGUUUUGCAAAUAAAUGAAAGUAUUGCCGAAAAAUAG